AAUCUCUUGGUAUGCGUAGUGGAUGCAUAUUCUUAUCUAACCUUCUCACUCAAACCCCUUCUUCUAGCUCAUCGUCUCUUACCUUUCUUUUUUCCCUUUAACACUUUCUCUCUCGCUUUCUCUUCCUUGCAUCUCUACCUUCCUCUUUCCACAAGGUAAACGGCGAUGGCAGGGUGUAACGGGGAAGACUAUUUCGCUGCCCCGGAAGCUGAGCCAUCUGCUGGAAAGAAGUAUGGUGGGCUUGUCCCAAAGAAGAAGCCUUUGAUCUCCAAAGAUAAUGAAAGGGCAUUCUUUGAUUCGGCUGACUGGGCAUUAUGCAAGCAAGGUGCUGGAGUGAAUCAACAAUCUACAGCAGCCGUGGAGACCCUGCGACCAAAGCUACAGAGAACCCCACAUCAACAGCUUCCACCAAGACGACCUGCGUGCACAUCUGGUUGAAAUGAUUUCGUGAGUUAAUAGUAUAGAGAGUAGCAUUAAGAAGCGGAACCAGGAUUUGCUCGCUCAAUUGUACUCUUACAAAUCUCAUAAUGUUCCUGAUCUUAUGUAUAUUACAAUUCGCUUGAUGCUUUUUUCUAUUAGCAAUUCAAUAAAAACUAUG